AUGAAUAACUUCGAUACCCUACUUGCAAACAUAGAUAGAAAUUCUAUAUAUCCCCCUCCUCGAAUUGAAGAAGUAUUAAACUAUUUUAACUCUAGGAGACCUAUGUGUGACUAUAGAAGAUACCAUGCAUACGAGCCACGAAUCACUUCUGGAAAAAUUCCACAAGACAAGAAAAAUCUGGAUACAGGGAUUUAG